AUGGGACGUUUAUGCACGGAUUUACAUGUAAAAUAUAUAUCUGAUCUCGACAAUCAAAAGCACUUGUUUGAGUAUUGGGCUUCAGCUCACAUACGCAUGAGUGGUGCAUAUUGGGGAAUUACUGCUCUUGCCCUAAUGGGCCGUCUUGAUGCCCUCGAAAAAGACGACAUUAUACACUUUGUCUUGUCUUGUCGACAUCCAAAUGGUGGUUUUGGAUCGUCACCAAAUCAUGAUCCACAUCUGCUCCCUACUCUGUCGGCUAUCCAAAUACUCGCUACGUUGUCAUCGAUCGACGCUCUUCCUGACAAAGAGCUCACUGUAUCCUACAUCGCUGGACUGCAAGUAAUUCCCUCUGGUGCCUUCCAAGGGGAUCAAUGGGGAGAAUGUGAUUCUCGGUUUGACUAUACAGCUAUACUUGCCGUCAGUCUCUUGAAUCGAUUGGAUGCAAUCAAUGUGGACGCUGUAGUAGAUCAUAUAGUCAAAUGCAGGAACUUAGAUGGUGGAUUUGGAAGGGUUCCUGGUGCUGAGAGCCAUUCUGGUCAAAUAUUCUGUUGUGUAAACGCUCUAGCUUUAGUAGACAGACUACAUCUAGUCGAUGCAGACAAGCUGGGCUGGUGGUUGGCGGAACGACAGCUCAAAAGCGGCGGGUUAAAUGGCCGACCAGAGAAACUUGAAGACGUAUGUUACUCCUGGUGGGUCUUGUCUUCUCUCUCAACACUGGGUAGAAUACAUUGGAUUGAUCGUGAUAAACUCAUUGAUUUUAUAUUGACCGCUCAAGAUGAAGAGUCUGGUGGAUUUGCAGAUCGUGUUGGAGACCUGCCAGAUGUUUUUCACACGUGUUUUGGUCUUGCUGGACUGUCAUUGCUUGGAUUUGAAGGAUUGGAUCCAGUUGAUUCCCGUUGUUGUAUGCCUCAAAAUGUUACCAGCGCAUUGGGCUUGGGAGAUCCACAUCCAUUAGCAUAG